UGUAGACAAUAACUAAGGAACGUUAAGCAUUUUAGUAUUUUAUAUAAAUUUUUUAUGCAGCUAUGCAAAGUUACAGUGAAAAAGUAAAAAUUGUUAAAAAUGCAGGUUUUCCAAGCAAACUACUGGCCACCUCAGAACUAUCACCAGGCGAUGUUAUUCUGGAGGAGCAGCCACUACUCGUGACGCCUCAUUGGGACUGCGAACAGAUGCGUUGCAGCCAAUGCAUGCAGGACUCCUUUGUGAUGUGCAAGAAAUGUGAGUUCUUUCCGCUCUGCAUCGAUUGCCCCACCCACAAUGCCUAUGACUGUGAUUUCUUUUGCAAUGCAACGGCCGUUGCUGGAAUUUCCAAAAAUCUACUAGUUGAGAACUACGCGAUAUUGGGAGUGCUUAAGUUGCUGCUGCUCAUGGAGAAUCCACAAACCAGCGAAUAUUGCGCUCCACUUGGCACAACGCCAGGCGCCGCUGUUGUGGAUAGCGAAGCGUGGCAGGAACGUGAAGUUCAAAUCAUCACACCAAUAUUGAAAUCGGGUCUAGUGAACGCUUUCAAGCGGGUCAAGGUCACCCACGAUUUGCUACACACGCUUUGCUGGCGCAUCGACGCCAACGCUUUUGACGUCACAGCAAACGAUGGCAACACCCUGAAGGGGGUUUACGUGUGUGGCGCACAGCUGCCACAUAAUUGUGUGCCGAACACUGUGGUCACCUUCGACGAAGGUACGUUUCGCCUCAAGUUGUAUGCAUCGGUGCGCAUUCGUGCUGGCGACGUCAUCUACAACUGCUAUACGAAUCCAUUAAUGGGCACCAGCCAACGACAACACGAGCUACGUCUCACGAAGGGCAUCGAAUGCACGUGUGAGCGCUGCAGUGAUCCGCUCGAGCUGGGUACGCACAUGAGCUCGCUGAAGUGUCAGAUAUGUGCCGCCGGUUUUGUAGUAUGCAGCGGCAGCAGCAGCAGCAAGCGCAGUGGGGAGUGGCAAUGUAACAGUUGUGCAGCCACUAUGGCGACGCAUGAGGUGAAGCAACUACUGGUGGAAGUGGGCGAGUCGCUGUUGGAGACCAAUAGUGAGCUGCUCGCGUACGAGUGUUUGUUGGAGAAGUACGGCGCGCGUUUUCAUCAGAACCAUUUUGUGUUGGUGGAAAUCAAACAGAAUAUUGCGUCUAUACUGCGCGCCAUACUUAUGAACCCUAUGUGUGUGCCAGGUAAGGAUUUGUUAGAGCGCAAAUUGCAGCUGUGCGAGGAACUGAUGCCGUUGGUGCGUGCAGUGCUGCCGGGUGUGUCGAAAUUGUAUGGCAUUGCGUUGUAUGAAUAUCUGUUAUCCUUCAUGGAACUGGCCGAGUUGGUUUAUGAGGACAAAGAGGUGGGAAAUGCAGCGCUGAUUUUUCAGGAAAAAUUAGAAAAUGCGCGAGAUAUAGCUGCGAAAGCUAAAGAAAUGUUGCGUUUCGAGCCGAGUAAUUCGCCUGAAGGGCACUUAGUGAGUCGCAUAGCCAUGGAGCAGAGGCGGAUCGAAGACAAUUUGAGACAGCUGAAUACCCAGCGAAAUGGAGCAUAAAAUUUUAUAACAUUUGAAAAUAGAUUUUGAAUAUUGGUCAUUAGGAAUAUGUUAAAAAUAAAGUUGAGCACUAAGUGUUUGGUUCAACAAGCUAAAAAUUCUGCAGUGUACUUGCUGUAAAUUUUUAGAUCAAUGCAGUCAAGCUGCUAAAAUAAGUUUAGUUUUCAAAAAUUAUGUAAUUUCUCACUAGAUUUAUGCUAUGUGGCAAAAAAAAAUUUGGGGACUCACUAGAAAUUCUUAAACAGAAUAUUUCAAGCCAUCAGAACAUCCUCAUGCAAUGAAAAUAUGUGUGAUAAAAAUAACCGUUAUGUAACAUUAUAAAAACUUUACGAUCUUAAGACACUUACGACAUUUAG